AUGUCCUCCUCCUCGACUUCGGCCGGUGGCGUCUCAAAUGCACCUCCCAGACAACGGCCGUCUUUCUUCCCGUCACAUGCGCUAGAUCAUGCCGCUGCCGGUCUCGGCGCGGGCGUCGUCGCCGUACUCUGCAUGCACCCACUCGACCUGCUCAAGGUUAAAUUCCAAGUAGCAACCACUGCGCCGACUUCGGGUAUCGGGCGACAAAUAUGGACGAGCUUGCGGGAUAUAUACCAAGAUGGGGGGAGGAGAGCAUUAUAUCGUGGUAUCGGACCGAAUAUAGCGGGUAAUGCGAGUAGUUGGGGACUAUACUUUCUCUUUUAUAAUCAGCUAAAACGUCGUGCGUCUGGUGGCGACCUUGACCGUGCCCUCGGUGCAGGACAAUAUCUCUUGUGUUCCGCUCAAGCGAGCGCUGUCACUGCUGUAUUGACAAACCCUAUAUGGGUUGUCAAAGUGCGGAUGUUUACGGCUCCGCCUGGAUCGCCAGCCGCGUACUCUGGCUUAUUCCACGGUUUGCGAGAUGUCUACGUGAACGAGGGCGUACGCGGUCUUUGGCGCGGUACAUUGCUGGCGCUCGUGGGCGUUAGUAACGGUGCCCUCCAGUUCAUGGCAUACGAAGAGCUCAAGCGCCUCGGCUUUGCGCGUAAGAGGAAAGCGUUUGAGCGGCAGGGCAGGGAAUGGAAGCCCGGAGACGAGCGACUGAGUAAUACGGCGUAUACCAUCAUGUCCGGCGCGUCGAAGAUAUUCGCUCUCGUCGCCACAUACCCUUAUCAGGUCGUCCGCUCGCGUAUGCAAGCUCUCCCCAUAUCCUCCUCCGGGAAACCUCUCGCCACCGCCACGACACCUUCAUCAGCACCACGAAUAUUGACGUCGCCUCAAGCCGGGUCAUCAUCCUCGACUCACCUCGCUUCAUCCUCGUCAUCUACAUCACCGUCAAGUAUGGCCGCUGAGUCAAGCCGAAUAGCACAAGAAGCUACGAACGCCGUACGCGCAUCGACGUCCUCAGGUGCUAGUCAGUCAUGGUCACGCGCAAGCGUGAUGUCUACGAUUCGGUAUACAUAUGCGGGCGAGGGCGUGCGCGGGUUCUAUCGUGGACUGGGGACGAAUCUGGUUCGUGUUUUACCGGGGACAUGUGUGACUUUCGUCGUGUACGAGAACUUGGCGUGGCUUCUUCGCACAGCUGCGCAACGACGGGCAGAUCGAGAAGAAGCAUGA